CAGGGGCAGACUGACCAUUUGAAAACUCGGGCACUGCCCGAGGGCCCGGGGUCAGUAGGGGGCCCCAUGAGAUGCUCCUGGUACCUUUUUUCAUAGGCUUUUUUGAGUUUGGGCAAGGACACAGGGGCCCCAUGAUCCCCUAUUGCCCAGGGGCCCCAUGAGUUGUCAGUCCGCCCCUGAUCCCAACCAUGGCACCACCUGCCUGGAGUUUGCAUGUUCUCCUUGUGCCUGCAUGGGUGUACUCCAGUUUCCCCAAACACUCCAAAGACAUGCUGGUACCUUUUUCAUAGGCUUUUUUGAGUUUGGGCAAGGACACACGGGGCCCAUGAUCCCCUAUUGCCCGGGGGCCCCA